UUCCGGUCAGAAGAUCAGUCGGUGAGAACGGGGACGUGUUAUCUACCACAAUGGUUUGUAUACCGUGCAUUGUCAUUCCAGUGCUCCUUUGGGUCUAUAAGAAGUUUUUGGAACCUAUUGUGUACCCCUUCAUCGCUCCUUUUAUUAACCGCAUCUGGCCAAAGAAGGCUGUACAGUGUACCACUGAUCCUAAUAAGAAAGAAAAUGGAGUCUGCAACAGCAGUUGUAAGACGGACUGCAAUGGAGUCUCAAAUGGAAAAGUUGUUGAAGAAGAAGUGGUUUCUGACAAAAAGACUGAUUAAAAUGUUGGAAGUCCAUGCAUCCGUUUACAGGACCCAAUUUAACUGUUCCAAUUAAAAUUAUCAUCAAAAAGAAUUGUAAAAAAACUUGACUCUAAAAACACAAAGAAAUUCUAUUUAUUUAUUGUAGACUUUUAAGAAAAUGUAAAAUAAUGUUUGUAUAUACUAAUAUUACAUUCCAGAUUUCAGGUAUACCGUUAACUUGCUGUAAAAUAACUGCACAAUAAAUGAAUAAAUAAACAGUAUGUCUCACCCACACAAA